AUGAUUGUCGUGACGCAGGCGCGCGCGAGUCUGUCGGCUCACGGGCAGUAUGUGUCCCACAAGCUGGCCUCGCUCAGGAAGUACAGCAGCAGGCUGGACGACGCGCUCACGUGGGCACGGAGCGUGCGGGACGGGGGCGCCGGGGGGGACGCGGCCGGGCUGACGGAGGCGGUGAGGGACAAGGAGGCGGAGAUAGGGGAGGUGCUGGAGAACUACAACAACAUAGAGAGGGAGUGUCACGCGGCCAGACACAGUGUGUGCCCGGAGAUACGGGACAGGGUGACGGCGCUCAGGGAGCUGUGGGCCGAGCUGAGGGGGGAGGCCGGCGGGGACAAGGGUGAGUGGGGCGGGGGGGUUGAUUAA